AUGGACACUGAAGAAUUCACUAAAUUGUGUCCUGCUAGAGUCAGAAGAAGAUUUUCAAGAGGUUUAGGUCCAAAGCCAAUGGGUUUCAUUAACAAGUUGAGAAAGGCUAAAUUAGGUGCUGAACCUAACGAAAAGCCAGCCGUUGUCAAGACCCACUUGAGAAACAUGAUUAUCGUUCCAGAAAUGAUUGGAUCUGUUAUUGGUGUCUACAAUGGUAAAGUUUUCAACAUCGUUGAAAUCAGACCAGAGAUGAUCGGUAAGUACUUAGGUGAAUUCUCAAUCACCUACACUCCUGUUAGACAUGGUAGAGCUGGUAACGCUUCUUCAAGAUUCAUUCCAUUAAGAUAA